GAAGGGGCAGAAAUCGACGAAUUGAUGAUUCAGAUAGAUAUCUUCCCCACGAAAUGUAUCGGAGAUGUCAUUUGCCGAACAUAAUAGGUCUAGAAGUGAACGUGUGGCGCUGCCUCUCCGAGCAGCUUAUCAGCCAACCAUCAUCAACCCUCGCGAAGAACAUCCACAUUGCGUCUCAAAUACAUCUCAAACAUCCUUCAAACUAGGAAGCAUCAAAGAUUGAUCUCUCGCUCCACAUAACACCUGACUGACCCUCCAAUUGACAUUUCCCAUAUAUAUUGCGGUCAUCCAGCCCGGCUCUCCAAUUCCUGCCGACACCUUGAACAACAACGAAGUCGUACUUCAACAACGUUAUUUGCCGUCCUCCAUACCACCAACCAAAACACCAACCCCUUACCAUCCAAAAUGACCCCCUCAAUCCCCAACGACAUAUUUCAAUUCUCCACCUCCGCUGCCCUCGCCGCCGGCUUCACCCACCGGCCAACCACGCACCUCCGACCUAACAUCCCCACGGCACCCACGGCCUCGGUGUCUACGAAGACGGCAACCUAAUGCUCCUUCUCGAACGACAAGCUUACUCAAUCCGCAAAGAUGGCGCCGUUGUCCCCGCGCCCGUGGACGCCCAGCUGCCCUUCGCCAUGGUAACCGUCUUCCAGCCUACAUACCGUCUAAAACUCCCGGAGCUGUCGUUUGAUGGGUUGGAGGAGUUGAUUGGGUCGGAGGAACUUGGGGCGGCGAAGAGCGUUAAUAGUUUGACGCCGUUUUUGAUGAGGGCGAGGUUUAAGGAGGUGGACGUAGAGCAGGGGGGGACUUUGAAGGAUGUUGAGGGUACGAUGUUUGGGUUUGUGGUGCCGAGGUGGAUGAAGGAGAUUAGUGGGCCGAGGAUACAUGCGCAUUUUGUGGAUGAGGAGGAGGGAAAGGGAGGGAGAGUUGAGGGGUUCGAGAUUGAGGAAGAGGUCGCGCUGGGGUUUGCGAAGUGUGGGAGGUUUCAUUUGGGGUUUCCCCAGGGGCCGGAGUGGGAGGAUGUUAAGUUGGGGAGGAGUUGAGGGAACAGUGGAUUAUAGAGUGGUAUGGAGGUCUACGUUAACAUAGCCAUAGGACUACUGGAGCUGGACAGUAGGCUGCUACAAUUGCAUUUAUGACUUGCUAU